AUGGCCAAUGCCGCGCUGGGGUACAUGAACAACGCCGAGUCCAACAUGCAAAGCAGUGAUCCGGUGGCCCAUUGGAACUGGUAUAGAGUUGCAACCCUCUUCGAUGCCAUUUUUGGAGCGCAAGAUGCCGCUGCGAACACCCGGUGGGAUACCGUCAAGUCCAACUUGCAAGCGCUUGCCAACCUGGCCAACAACCAGCCGGACAUGUACGUCUUGUGCGACGACUCGCAGUUUUGGAGCGUCUCUCCCAGUCAAGGCCAGCCGACCGUCUUCCGAAACCCUGUUGACAACCAAGCCUACAAUUACCCGAACGGUGUGAUGACUUGCGCUGAUUCAUCUCCGGAGGGGCUGUACCAGAUAGCGUAUCAGAUCAACAUCGGUGGCACCCAGUUCAUCUCCAUCUGCUCGCGACAGAACAGCUACAACUCCAAUUUGUCGCCUGGAUAUUCGGAAGGCACGACGCUGGAUAGCCUGGGUACCUGGAGCACAACAUUCCUUCAUGAGAUCAUGCAUGCGCUGCCGCUGAACCAGGUCGGUGACUCGACUGGUGGGACCGCGGCAGGAGGUGAACGGUAUGGCUGGAGUGGUGCUGUGAGCAUCCGGCAAGACUAUGGAGAGCGGAAUCCCGAUUCCUACAGGCUCUUUGCAAUGGCCCUUUCCAUGGAGGAGUGGUUAUGGCACAGCGGACAAGCUGUGAGCUUCAAUGCCGAAUAUGACAGGCUCGACAAAGAUGCCAACGAUGCCACAAUCACCAACCUAAACCUACCAUCCCCGGCUCCCGGACCAUGGCAGUAA